AUGGAGCAAGUGAAAGCUAAAUCAACGGUUACAUUUGAAAAUCGCUUAAUCAGUAAUAAUGCACAUGGAAAUUUAACUUAUUAUGAUGUUACCGAUGACGCAGAUAUAAUUUUGGAAGAAGAGAUUCUACCUCCUGUAAACAUACACACUGCAAAUAUGCCUUCGCUACCUUUUAGCAGUUCGGGAUCAAAAUAUGGAUCCUUGUGCUCAGUUUUAGGAGUCAGCUGUGUAGAAGAAACAUUAGCCGUACGUAGUAUUAUUAAAGAAAAGAGGGCAGCGUUUGCAAAGGAAUUCAAAUCAUUCGAUGAACAUAUCUGGAGGCAUUUUCAGAUCAAUGGACAAGAUGAUCGGACGUUUUCAUGGAAAAUGACUGUCCGACAAAAGCUUUUAACACUUAUUCGUCAGGUUUAUAAAGAUUCUAAUUUGAUAGCCGUCGGUUCAACUGUAAAUGGUUGUGGUUCAUACAACUCAGAUAUGGAUUUAUGUAUUUGUCAACCUUACAAAAAUCAUAGCUUUGAGGCCAACAGAAGUUAUAGCAUACACGUGCUAAGGAAAUUGCAUAAGAAAUUUGUUACGGAUUGGCGUCAAAUGUUCAAGACUUGUCAGUAUAUACCAGCUAAAGUCCCAAUAAUAAAAUUAGAGAUGGCUGCACCAUACGAAGAACUGGAAAUAGACAUUAACUGUAAUAACGUAGCUGGAAUAUAUAAUUCACAUCUUCUUCACUAUUAUUCAAGGGUUGACGAUCGUUUCCCAGCACUGUGUUUGCUCGUAAAGCACUGGGCCAUCAAUGCUGGUAUUAAUAACGCGAUGAUGGGAACACUGAAUAGUUACUCACUCAUUUUGAUGGUUCUACAUUUUUUGCAAUGCGGAGCAUUACCACCAGUUUUACCGAAUCUUCAGUUCCUCUAUCCUUCUUUGUUCAAUGCAACUUGUAGCCUGGACAGUUUAGAACUGUUUCGAGAUCUACCAUAUCCAUUGCCACCUCGUGAGUUUAAUACUGAAACAGUUGGUGAAUUACUUAUAGCAUUUUUUGAUUACUACGCUCAUUUUGAUUUCAAAAAUAAGGCAAUAUCGAUUCGUAAUGGAUGCGUGUAUGGCAGGGAGCUGUUAGCAGACAAUACAAUGCGCUUUAAGAUAUUUAUCGAAGAACCGUACGAUCAGAAGAAUACGGCGCGCUGUGUGACAAGUAUUGAAAAUCUACAACUGAUCAGGGAAGCAUUUACAUCUGCAAAAAAUGCUUUCUUACAAACCUCGGCCGGGCCACCCAAUUUGGAACACAUUGGUGUUCGCUAA